UAAAAACAGCAGCAUCGCGCGCGGACCCUCAGACACAGGGAGACCACUGGAAAGCGGAGACCUGGCGGACUUUUGUUUGCGUCUUUGCGCACGAAGGAACCAUGGAUUUCCUGAACCACAACUAUCUGGACCCUCGAACCUCCUACGACUACACGUUCAAUUUCUGGAACGACUACCUGGGUCUGUCCACACUGGUGACCAAGAACAAGAACAGCGCGCCCCAGAGCCCCAACUCCAUCACGGAGUCGCUGAAGGCCACCCUGGGCUUGGACGACCACCCGGCGUGUCCGUGCGUAACGGGGGGCAUCGGCGAGGGCGCGCACCUAGACUGCUGCUGCUGCUGCCCCUCGGCCAGCCCCCCUCCCCCUCCUACCUCCAUCCUGGACCUGAAGGAGCGCUUCUCCAUCUUCAGCCCUUUCCAGAGCCAAAGCGGCGCGCUCCCGCCCCAGGACAGGGGCUUCUCGGGCUUCGACCUGUUCGGCGCGGAGAUGCGCAAAAUGCGCAAACCGGCGGCGCGCAGCAAGCAGGAGCCGCGGAUCUGCGUGUUCUGUCGGAAUAACGGAGCCCCCGAGGAGGUGUACGGCUCGCACGUCCUCAAGACCCCCGAUGGGAGGGUGCUGUGCCCCAUCCUCAGGGCUUACACCUGCCCCCUGUGCAGCGCCAACGGGGACAACGCGCACACGAUAAAAUACUGCCCGCUUUCCAAGGAGCAGCCGGCGCAGAGGGCACUGAAGGGAGGCAGGGCGGUGGGGGGUAAGAGACUCAAAAUAUUCUGAACAAACGCUCAAAAUUCGUUCAACAACUGCAUUUAACGAUUGCACUGAAUACAUACACACAACAUACAUACAUACAAACGAACAUAUAUAUAUAUAUAUAUACAUAUAUAAAUAUAUAUCUAUAUUUUCAGAUGACUGUUUUAUUGCGGCUUUCCCCGGUCCAAACAGACUCGCUAUUAUUAUUAUCCACACAUCAUCAUGCAUAAACAAAAACAGAGCAAAAUUGCCAUUUUCCCCAGAACUGUUUUUUUUUUUUUUCUUUUCUUUUCUUUACGGUUAAAUGUAUAAUUUUCUUUGUCAACUUGGUGUGUUUUUUUAAUUCAUGAACCAUUUAUAUUUUUUCCCCCAGUGCGCAGUUUUUACACUGUUCAUUAUUUGCACCUUGAUAACGUUUUGUGAAUUGAAAAAUAAAUAUAUACUGUGUGUAUAUAUAUAUAUACAUAUAUAUACAUAUAUAUACUGUAUAUAUAUAUAUAUAUAUAUUUUAAAUAAUGGAAUAAUGGGGAACUUUUCUGGAGUAAAAUGACAUGGGGUGGGGG